AUGGGAGACAUAAAGCACGCGGCCACCGUCAACGACGAUUUGCUUCUCAAAAACUUCUUCGCCGAAGUCAGCGAAGUUGAGAGGGACAACGAAGUGCUCAGGAUUCUCUCUUGUUUUAAGCUGAAUCCAUAUGAGUAUCUAAACCUACCAUUUGAUUCAUCAAUUGACGAUGUGAAAAAGCAGUACCGCAAGUUAUCAUUGAUGGUUCACCCUGACAAAUGUAAGCACCCACAAGCAAAGGAGGCUUUUGGAGCAUUAGCAAAAGCUCAACAGUUAUUACUGGAUCAAAAUGAAAGAGAUUACCUUCUUAGCCAAGUUAAUUCAGCAAAAGAAGAACUUAGAGCAAAGAGAAAGAAACAGCUGAAGAAAGAUACAGCUUCAAAAAUUAAGUCAUUGGUUGAAGAGGGAAAAUAUGAUAAACAAUAUGAGCAAUCAGAGGAAUUCCAGCAGGAGCUCAAGGUUAAAGUUCGUGAACUGUUAACGGAACAAGAAUGGAGGAGAAGAAAAAUGCAAAUGAGGAUAUCUGAGGAAGAAGGCAGAUUAAAAAAGGAUGAAGAGGAACAAAAAGAAAUGUGGAAAAGAAAGCGUGAACAUGAGGAGGAAUGGGAAGGAACACGAGAGCAGAGGGUAUCCAGUUGGAGAGAUUUUAUGAAGGGUGGAAAGAAGAAUAAGAAAGGGGAAAUUCGCCCCCCGAAGCUUAAGACUGAAGAUCCCAACAAAUCUUACGUUCAAAGGCCUGUAAAAAGAGGUUAG